AUGAUGCAAGUUCAUAGCUUUAAAAGAUUUGGUUUUGUUUUUAUCUUGUUUCUCUCUCUAGCUUGUGUUCAUGGUGACGUUGAUGAAUCUCACCAGCUCUUAUCGUUCAAAUCUUUGCUUAAAAAGCCAAAUCUUUUGACGAAUUGGCUGUCUGGAAACCACCCGUGUAAUUUCAGUGGUGUUUCGUGCAAAAACUCAAGAGUUUCGUCUAUAGAUCUUAGUGGGACUGAUUUGAGCUCCGAUUUCCGUUUAGUUUCUUCGAAUUUGAUGACAAUUCCAAAUCUUGAAACCUUGGUUCUUAAGAACUGCAAUCUUACUGGUUCUUUGGUUUGGAGAUCGGGAUCUCAGUGUAGUCGAGAUCUCGUCGCCAUUGAUUUGGCUGAAAAUGGUGUUUCCGGCUCAUUUUCCGAGGCUUCCACGUUGACGGCGUGCCCGAAGCUCAGCUCUCUGAACUUGUCAAGAAACUCGAUCGAUUUCAAUGGCGAGUUGAAACCGGUUGGGCUUUCUAUUAAGGUUAUUGAUCUUUCUUACAAUCGGAUUUCAUGGGGGAAACCAAAUGUUGUCCAGUGGAUCCUAUCAAAUGGGUGUGGGGAGCUUCGACAUUUAUCUGUAAAAGGAAACAAAGUCGCCGGAGAGUUGCCGGAGUUCGAUUGCCCCAACUUAGAGUACUUAGAUCUGUCUGCAAACAAUUUCUCAUCUGGGUUUCUUUCAUUUCGUGAUUGCUCGAGUUUACAGUAUCUAGAUUUAUCAUCCAACAAGUUUUCGGGUGACAUAUCUGGUUCUUUAUCGUCUUGCAAGCGUCUCAGCUUCCUUAAUCUCACUCAGAACCAGUUCGCCGGCGAGAUACCAUCUUUUCCGGUGGACGGGAGCCUCCAGUUUCUGUAUCUAGCCACCAAUCAUUUCCAAGGUAGGGUUCCUCCACACCUCCUCAAUCUAUGCCCAAUGCUCGUUGAACUGAAUGUUUCCGGUAACAACCUUUCCGGCGCCGUUCCCGACGGCUUAAAAUCAUGUUCUUCGCUUCAACUACUUGAUUUCUCCCGAAAUAAUUUCUCCGGUGAGCUACCCAUUGAAACCCUUUUGGAAAUUAGUAACUUGAAGACACUGGUGUUAUCUUUCAAUGAUUUCAUCGGUUUCUUACCGGAAUUCUCAAAAAUGACCAAUUUGGAGACUUUAGAUUUGAGUUCCAACAAAAUUUCCGGCGGAAUCCCUUCUGGAUUAUGUCAAGGUACAACUACAAGCUUAAAGGAGUUGUACCUUCAAAACAAUUGGUUCACGAGUCCAAUACCUUCAACUCUCAGCAACUGUUCUCAACUGGUUUCUCUUGACCUGAGCUUCAAUUAUCUCACCGGAGAAAUCCCUUCAAGUUUCAGGUAUUUAUCGAAGCUUCAAGAUUUGAUUAUCUGGUUCAACGAAUUGGAAGGUGAAAUCCCACAAGAACUCAUGUACAUUCAACCUCUCCAGAAUCUCAUUCUUGAUUUCAAUUAUUUAACUGGGUCAAUCCCACCGACAUUGAGCAACUGCAUCAAUCUCAACUGGAUUUCUCUUUCAAACAAUAAAUUAUCCGGCGAGAUUCCGGCGUCCCUUGGUAGUUUAUCUAAUCUAGCCAUUCUAAAGCUCGGGAACAACUCCUUCUCAGGCAACAUUCCGUCAGAACUUGGCGAUUGUAAGAGCUUAAUUUGGUUAGAUCUCAACACCAAUGAACUAUCCGGGACAAUCCCACCUGAUUUGUUCAAACAAUCCGGCCAAAUUGCUGAUGCGUAUCUCACCGGAAAACCAUAUGUUUACAUAAAGAACGAUGGGAGCAGUCAGUGCCAUGGUGCAGGAAAUUUACUGGAAUUUGGUGGGAUUCGAGAAGACGAUCUGGGUAGGAUUUCAAAGCGACAUCCAUGUAAUUUCACUAGGGUUUACAAAGGAAUCACUGAGCCAACAUUUAACCAUAAUGGAUCGAUGAUGUUUCUUGAUCUUUCCCAUAAUAAUCUUCACGGCAACAUCCCCAUGGAGCUCGGGGCAAUGUUCUAUCUCUUCAUAUUGAAUUUAGGCCAUAACAAUCUCACCGGUUCAAUCCCUCAAGCACUCGGGAGUUUAAAAAACGUUGCGAUCCUUGAUUUAUCAUAUAAUUAUCUCAACGGAUCAAUCCCGAAUUCGUUAACCAGUCUCACAUUGCUAGGUGAGGUCGAUUUAUCAAACAACAACCUUUCCGGAUUGAUACCCGAAUCAACCCCAUUCGAUACAUUCCCCCAAAAAAGUUUCUUAAAUAACUCCGGCUUAUGCGGGUAUCCUUUACCCCGGUGCAAGCCACCUUUAGCCGCUGGUUCCGGUGGCCGGAACCGGCGACAAGUGUCCCUCGCCGGAAGUAUCGCGAUGGGGUUGUCAUUCUCCAUCUUUUGCAUCUUCGCGGUGGUGAUGGUGGGGGUGGAGAUCAAGAAACGCCUACAAAAGAGCGCCAAAGACUCGGAUUCCGCCACCGAACGUGGCGGAAACUCAUUAUCUGGCGGCCAGAGGAGCGGCGCCUGGCGGCUCACAACCAACCGCGAGGCUUUAAGCAUAAGCCUCGCGGCGUUUGAGAAGCCGCUAAAAAAGCUCACAUUCGCUGACCUCCUGGCCGCCACAAACGGGUUCCACGACGAAACCCUAAUCGGAUCCGGUGGGUUCGGCGACGUAUACCGGGCCGAGUUAAAAGACGGGACCACAGUGGCCAUCAAGAAACUAAUCAACGUAAGCGGUCAAGGCGAUCGCGAAUUCAUGGCCGAAAUGGAAACAAUCGGAAAAAUCAAACACCGUAACCUAGUACCAUUACUAGGAUAUUGUAAAGUCGGAGACGAACGGUUAUUAGUAUACGAGUACAUGAAAUUCGGAAGCUUAGACAUGGUUUUACAAAACCGAUCAAAAACCAGGAUCAAAUUAGACUGGCCCACAAGGAGAAAGAUCGCGAUCGGGUCGGCCCGCGGGUUAGCUUUCCUACAUCACAAUUGCACCCCUCAUAUUAUCCACCGUGACAUGAAAUCUAGCAAUGUUUUGCUAGAUGAAAAUCUUGAGGCCCGGGUGUCUGAUUUCGGGAUGGCCCGCCAUAUGAAUGUCAUGGACACGCAUUUAAGCGUGAGCACAUUGGCGGGAACACCGGGGUAUGUCCCACCGGAAUACUACCAAAGUUUCCGGUGUUCCACGAAAGGUGAUGUUUAUAGUUUUGGGGUGGUUUUGCUCGAGUUAUUGACCGGAAAACAGCCGACAGAUUCACCGGAUUUUGGGGAUAAUAAUCUAGUUGGGUGGGUGAAACAACAUGCCAAGCUUAAACUUAGUGAUGUUUUUGACCCGGAUUUGUUGAGGGACGAUCCGGGUUUAGAAAUUGAGCUUUUACAACAUUUGGGGGUUGCUUGUGCUUGUUUAGAAGAUCGGCCAUGGAAACGACCGACGAUGAUUCAAGUUAUGGCGAUGUUUAAAGAGAUUCAGGCAGGGUCCACCGUGUCAACGGAUGGCGGGAGUUUUAGCGUUGAGAUGACGAUAAAAGAAGAUGGUGAACUGAGCACACAGUGA